AUGCUUGUAGCCAUGCGGCUUCAGUAUACCAUUGAAAAGCUGAAGGGUCGGUGUCUCCGUGUUGCUGACUUCCGGCGACAUCUGGAAGGACCGGUCUGUUUGAAUCCUCACUGGCUGCACUGGGCGAGUGACAAUGCAUGGUCCGAGAUUGAGACGGAAGGACUCAAGAAAGAGAAAUUCGAUGAGAAGCUGGAGGCUCGCGUGGAUUUCGUGGUUGACUCGGCAGAGCUGGAAUAUGUCACUGUCCUGGCGAGCGAGGGUGGAUACAGCGCCAAGGAUAUUGACCAGAUUGUCCGUAGUAGAGGAUUUUCAGUGUCUGUGAUGCAGGACCGCUUCGAAAGACAAUAUGUCAAAGCGCUUGCGGCUCACGUCUCGGAUCGGAUGACGAAGGAGGAGCUUGCACAAGCGAAGGGAGAUCUGCCGGAUCAGUUCAUGGGCGAGCGAUAUCAAAGCAGCCACGCGGAAGCAUCGAAUAGAUGA